AUGUUGGAGUUACAACAACAAGAUAUUCCUAAGUUGAAGAGUGAACGCACGGUGUCCAACAACAGUGUUCCAGAAGAUGGAGGUAACAAUGGUAAUAGCUAUGACCUUGUGUUUCCAGCUUUACCUGAUUCAAAAACAUUGGGUCCUAAAAGUAUUGGGAUUAAUGGCCAGUGUGGAACUGUAAGUGCACCACCUAAAACAUGGAGUAAAGUUCGAACGUUAACUGUGAAUCAAGUAUUUACUAUUUCUGUCCAAGACCGUAAAUCAGAUAAUAGUGAAAAAUUUGGAGAAGGAGAAUCUAAACGUAUUUGUAGCCAAAUUACUAGAGAAACUGGAGCUGAAAUUGAAAUUUCUACAUCAAAGAAUAUGAACUUGACUUUUCUAGUCAGGGGUAAAGAACUUGAUGUUAUUGAAGCUAAACGCAGGAUUAUUGCUAGCUUCCAAACUCAAGCUACUAGUGCUGUUCCUGUUCCAAAAGAACAUCACUGUCAAGUAAUGGGUAAACAAGGAGCUCGUCGUAAGGAAAUUGAACAGCGUACUGGUGCACGUAUUCAAAUGCCGAGCAUUCAAGAUACAUCAGAUAUUAUCAAUGUUACUGGAACAAGAGAUGCUGUUGAAAAAGCAGUCCAAGAAAUCCGCAUGAUUUCUGAUGAGUUGUCCAAAAAAGCGUUUGAAAAGAUUGAAAUUCCAAAAAUUUUCCAUCCUUUCAUCACUGGUGGUCACAAUGAAAAACUUAAUAAUCUUAUGAAAGAAACCGGUGUUAAGAUUCAUGUUCCUCCGCCAUCUGUCAACAGAGAUGAGAUAACAAUUGCUGGAGAUAAAGAAGGAGUUCAAAUGGCCAUUGAAAAAAUAAAAAAUAUUUAUGCAAUUAUGGAAAAGGAAUCAGCAACUGUGUUUGUAGAGAUACCAAAACAGAAACAUAAGUAUCUAAUGGCACAAAAAGGAAGUGGUAUCCAGGAUAUAUUAUUGGAAACAAACGUUAGUGUAGAGAUGCCUCAACAAGAUUCUGACAAAGAAACAGUUACUCUAAGAGGCUUGUAUAAGGAUUUGGGCACUGGGUUAACAAAAUUGUAUGAAAAAGCCAAUAGUAUGACUGCUGAAACAAUUGAGUGUCCCGGGUGGAUGCAUAGGUUUUUGAUUGGAAAAAAUGGUUCCAAUUUAAGGGAGUUGAUAGAGGAUAACGAGAAGGUACACGUAGAAUUUUCUGAUGACAAUAAGAUAAUUGUUGAAGGUCCAACUAAUAUGAUAUCUAAAGUAAUUGAAUCAUUAAAAAAAGCUAUCGAAUGCUAUGUUUCUACAGAACUUGUAGUUGAUCCAAAGUUCUUUAAGCAUAUAAUUGGAAAAAAUGGAAGCAAUAUUAAUCGUGUUAAAAAUGAUAAUGGUGUUAUAAUCAAUAUUUCCGAGUCUGAUAAUAAUUCUAAUAUUAUUCGUAUUGAAGGACGAAAAGAUGGAGUAGAAUUGGCCAAAAGUGAAUUAGAAGAAAUGAUAUAUAAGUUAGAGAAUGAAGUUGAAAAAGAAAUAUCAAUUGAUCAACGUCAUCAUCGAGCUAUAAUUGGGGUAAAGGGUGAAAAAGUUAGAGAACUUCAGGAAACCUUUAAUGUUCAAAUUACAUUUCCCAGUUCAGUCGAGGCUAGAAGUAAUUUAGUGAAAAUACGAGGUUUGAAUGAUGAUGUAAAUAAAGCAUUUAAAUCAUUAGCUAAAUUGGCUAAAGAGUUGGAUGAAGCUAACUAUGUGUUGGAAAUUCCUGUUUUUAAACAAUUUCAUAAACUUGUCGUUGGAAAGGGAGGAGCUAAUAUUAAAAAGAUUAGAGAAGAAACCGAUACAAGAAUUGAUUUACCACGUGAAGGUGAAGAUAGUGAUACUAUCAAAGUCAUGGGAAAUAAAGAAAAAGUUUUAAUUGCUUGUGAUAUGAUUAAAAAAAUACAAAAUGAAAUGGGUGAUAUUGUAACUAAGGAAAUUGUGCUAGGAAAUGUCAAAGUUAGAAAUGUCAUUGUAAAUCUUGGGAAUAAGUUCAUUCAAUCUAUAAAAGAAGAUUGUGGUGGUAAUGUGACAUUAAAAUUACCAACUGUUAAAGGAGAUAAUACUAUAGUUAUCAAAGGACCUGAAGAUGAUGUUGAUAAUGCUAUUACACAAAUUCAAACAAUGGUUGAUGAAGUUCAUAACUCAGUUAUUGAUUUGAAAGUGAAGCCAGAGUUUCACAAAUAUUUAAUUGGAAAAAAACGAGCCAAUGUUAAAAGGAUCCGGGAUUUAACUAAUACCAGAAUAAUUUUCCCACCAGAAACUGAUUCCACUAAUGAAAAUAUAACUAUUGUUGGCAAAAAAGAAAACGUUGAUAAGGCAAAGGCAGAAUUUGAAGUUAUGAUAACAGAUAUUAGUAAUGUUAUUGAAGAACGUGUAGAAAUUAAUGAAAAAUAUCAUAAAAGUUUUGUGGCUAAAAGAGGUGAAUUUUUACAUAAAUUGGAAGAAGAAUGUGGCGGUGUUAAAAUUUCGUUUCCUAAACCUGGUGCUGGAGAUAAAGUCGUGUUGAAAGGUAGCAAAGCUAAUGUUGCUCUUGCCAAACAAAGACUUCUAGAACAUGUAAAAGUUUUGGAAAAUACUAUUCAAGUUGAAGUUAACGUAGAUCCAAAGUAUCAUCGUCAUUUUGUUGCUAGACGUGGUGAAAUUAUCAAUCGAAUUAUUGAUGAUUGCAAUGGAGUAUCAAUAACAUUCCCUAAACUAGCAUCUAAUGAUAGUGUUGUUGUCAUAAAAGGUGAUAAAACAAAUGCUGAAGAGGCAAAACGUAAAAUUGAAGAAAUUGUUAAAGACUUGGAAAACAUAAUUGAAAUUACUAUGAAUGUUCCUCCAAAACAUCAUCGUCAUUUUGUUGCUCGCCGUGCUGAAGUCAUAAAUCAAAUAAGUGCAGAAUAUAAUGGGGUAACUGUUACAUUCCCACAAGUUAAUUCCAAUUCUAGUGAAGUUUUGAUUAAAGGCCACAAGGAUUAUGUUGAAAAAGUCAAAAAUAAAAUCAAUAAUAUUGUUACUGACUUGGAACAACGUAUUACAGUUGAAGUUAUUAUUCCUCAAAGGAUGCACAGAGUUUUGAUGAGAAACCGUGAUUUAUUGGAAGGCAUGAGAAGAGAUUUAGAUGUUUGGAUUAAGUUCCCUGAAAGACCACCCGAAGAUCAGUAUAAUCGGGAACAAGAAGAUAUUAUUGGAGAAGAUGCUGAUGAAAAUCGUGCUCCUAGUGUAAAUGAUAUUGUUACAAUUUUUGGAAAACCUGAACACUGUGAAACUGCUAAACAAAUAUUAAUUGACAAUAUACCAAAAACUAUUGACUUAGAUGUACCAUCUGAGUAUCAUAGAUCAUUAAUUGGUACCAAAGGUGCUACGAUUCGAAAACUUAGUGAAGAUUACAACGUUCAGAUUAAAGUUCCCAAUCAAGAACAAAAUGCUGAUAUUAUAAAGAUAACUGGGGUACAAAAAGAUAUUGAUGAAGUAGUUGAAGCCAUAAAAGAAGAAAUGAAGCUAUAUGAUGCUGAUAAAGAAGACAGGCAACUACGUUCAUAUGAAAUUCAGAUGAUUAUUGAACCAGAAUUCCAUCCUAUGAUUAUUGGUAAAAAAGGAGAAACCGUUCGUAAUUUACGUAACAAAUAUGGUGUUCAGGUGAAUUUACCUAGAAGAGGUGAAGGUAAUAAUGAAAACAUUGUGACAGUUGUUGGCUACCAGCAAAAAGCUGAAUUGGCUAGAGAUGAAAUUCAAGAAAUGGUUGAUAAACUUAGAAAUGUAUAUAAAGAAGAAAUUUACAUAGACAGUAGAAUUCAUUCAAGAUUAAUUGGUUUCCGAGGGCGUAACAUAUCACAAAUUAUGGACAAAUAUCAUGUGGAUAUUAGGUUUUCCAAGUCUGACAGUAAUAAUCCAGAUUUAGUUACUGUUUAUGCUCGUGAAGAUGCCACUCAAGAUGAUGUCUUGGAUUGUAUUGAUGAUUUAGAAAUGAUUCAACAAGAUUAUUUGGUUGAUCUUUUGGAAAAUGAAGCUAAAGCUAAUUUACAACCUAAACCUGACAACAAAUCUGUUCCCAAUGGUAAUCAUAGCUCGCAACAAGGUAGUGCUGGAUUUGUUAUGGGCAAUGGAGCACCUUGGGAAAAAGCUCAUCCUGAUACUAAUAGUACUAGAGAUUUUCCAUCAUUUGCUGGUAUUGCAACAUCUGCAAAUAAUACCACUUCUGAAAAAGCCAAUCUUCCAAGUUGGGGAAGUGGACGUCGUUAGUUAUGUUUAAUACAUUAUUAAAAUUAUUGUUUCCAA